AACUAAGCCAUCACUGGAACUGAAACCUAGAAGGGUUUUUUAUUUUAAUAUUAAUAAUUUUAACCGUGAUUCUAAAUCACUUUAUUUAUCCUGUUGUUAAGUUGUUCAAAGUUUAAAUAAAACAUGACGGAGCAACAAAUGGACUGUGCAUUAGAUUUAAUGCGCCGAUUACCUCCUCAACAAAUAGAAAAGAAUUUGACCGAUUUAAUUGACCUAGUCCCGAGUCUUUGCGAGGACCUUCUGUCGUCUGUAGACCAACCCUUAAAAAUCGCUCAAGAUCGCAGCAACGGAAAGGAUUAUCUUCUUUGCGAUUACAACCGUGAUGGUGAUUCAUACCGUUCACCUUGGUCUAACACAUAUGAUCCACCACUUGAAGAUGGUUCUAUGCCCUCAGAGAGAUUGAGAAAAUUAGAAAUUGAUGCUAAUCAUGCAUUCGAUCAAUAUCGUGAAAUGUAUUUUGAAGGUGGAGUUAGCUCUGUUUAUUUGUGGGACAUGGAUCAUGGCUUUGCAGGUGUGAUUCUUAUAAAGAAAGCUGGUGAUGGCUCCCAAAAGAUAAAAGGCUGUUGGGACUCCAUCCAUGUUGUAGAAGUUGUGGAAAAAAGCUCAGGUCGGAAUGCACACUACAAGUUGACCUCCACAGCAAUGUUGUGGCUGCAGACUAAUAAAGAAGGCAGUGGCACUAUGAAUCUGGGGGGAAGUUUGACUAGACAGGCAGAACAAGACUCUGCUGUGAGUGAUGUAACACCUCAUAUUGCUAACAUUGGGCGCAUGGUCGAAGACAUGGAGAACAAGAUCAGGAAUACUCUAAAUGACAUCUAUUUUGGCAAGACAAAAGAUAUCGUGAAUGGCCUUCGGUCUGUUGUCCCCGCGGAUGUUGCGCGGAAGACUGCGGCCCUACAACAUGACUUGGCUCUCGCGCUCCAACGUCGCAAUGUGGUUAGAACCGACUGAGCAGAGGUAUUGCAUACAGAUGAGAUGGAGAUAUCGGGUGAGUACGAACAACGACGCCAGUAGGAUAUUAACACCUCACUGUACAAGUUACUGAAUGUGAAAAUCUAUGAGAAAUUACUAAUAAUAAAUAAAGACAUAUAUUUGGUGUUCAAUGCAUCGUGUAUGGUGCUUCAGUUAAUAAAAUAGUCCAUUUUAUUUGAUAAUGUUGCUUGGAUAGUAAUGUAAGUGAAAAGAUUGUGAAUCUGUAUUUGAUUUUGUUAUCUGUAUAUUAGAAAUUACAGUCUAAAUAUCCCGAAUACCACCCAUCUCAUUUUCAUUUGCAGUUGCAUUUUUGUCGCUUAGUAAUUUUUAAUUGUAAAUUAGAUAUUAUAUUUUUUAAAUUAAGGUCAUAUCUAACAGUAAGAGAUUCAGUAUAACGACUUUUGUCAUUACUAAUAUUAUUACAUUAAUAAACCAGUUCUAUUUGUUUACUGCUAACAAUAUAAAGGAGGACUUAUGUUAUUUAUCUAUACCUCCAUUUUUACAAUAGUGUUAAAUUGGCCUCUCUAAAUAAACAUGUAAAUCU